AGCUUGUGCAUGCAUAUUGUAUUUUGAUAUGAUCACAAUCUUGGCAUUAAAGGCUUUGUUUGAAAAGAUAGAACAUCAUGCCCAGUCCCGUGAAGUCUUUAAAAGCUGCUCUUUUAACAUUGGCUGCCCUUGGUGGGUUUCCUUUGGAUUCAGUGGAUGACUGGACCGAAUGCAUCUGGUUCGAAUUGAAAUGGCCUUUAUUUGUUUGGUGUUGUCUAAUGUCAGUGUUUUGGUACAUCAUUCCAAUUGUGGUGGCCAUCAUUCUCCUUCAAGUUCAUGGUGUUUGGUUUGGAGCUGCCAUUUUCAAGGUCAAUCAUGGACAUCAAAACUCUACGGUGAGUUUGUUCGGAGUUCCUCCUGGUGAUGUUAAUACUUUCUACUGGUCUCUCGUCUUCAGUGUGGUUCAAGUUUUGGCAAUCUUGAUAACCUUCACACAAAUGGCUCCAACGUUGACAACAUUAAAUUCGGAUAUCGAUAAUCUUGCUCCGUACACCAUGUCCAUUUAUGACAUCAAACGAAUUACUGCUCGCACGUUCAGAAGACUAGGAUUCAUCCUCUUUGCAAUAACUAAUGUCAUCAUCAUGGUCAGCUUUACCACCUAUCACAUGUUCCCCAAAGUGAAGGAAACGGCUCGAAUUUUCGUGUCUGCUACCCAUACCUUCUUUAUCUUGGUGGCACUCUUUCCACCCCCGGUUUUAGCCAGUUUCCUUUUGUCAACGCAAUAUGUCGAAUUUGUGGCCAAAAUGGUCAAGAACUACCGAACCAAGAUUCUACCCCGAACGGAUAAAGCCAGAUUAAUGAGAAGGACCGAGCGUGCCUCCUUGCCAGAAGCCAUUCAGUACAAGAACCCGGUAUACAAGGCCAAAACCAAGUAUCCUCCUCCAGCAUAUCGCUCAAAAUCACCCAUGUCCAAAACGAACACCAAACAUAGGAAGAAAGAUUCACUGCCUUCUUAUCACUCAUCAGUGGAAAGUGAUCCAUAUGUGAUGAGCGAUGUACUUUCCAUCAUUGAUUAUGGAUUCGAUACGGUUAAGAUCGUGAACGAACUCAACCUUGCCUUCGGAGGGUUUCUCCUUUUCGAGACCUUAUUCAGCUUUACAUAUGCGGUCAUAAUGAUCUAUCUCACUCAAAACUUCAUUCCUGCUAUUUGGACUCUUGGCAUUGUUCCAGUUUUGUUCAAGGUGGCUUUUGCUUGGGGUACCUUGGCCAGUGGCAUCUUGUUCAUUUAUAGACUCUGUGUCAUCUUCAACUUGGGGCAAAAAGUGGAAAACGAAAUGAUUGCCCUCAAGAAGAACCUGCAAGCGGUGUGCAUUCUCAAAUUUAACAGGUUGCGUGAGUCUCAAAUGUUCGAACUUUCGGUUUUGUUGGACCGAACUUUUGAUCAUCGGACGCUUCAACCGAGGUCUUAUUUCAAUUUGAACAACAAGACUUUGGGGAUUUUAUUUGUGUUCUUGGUCACAAUCUUAACAUCCAUAUAUAGUGUGAGAUUUGUGGAAACAACCACCGGCACAUUCUAAGACGUGUUUUCGGUUAUUGUGAACUGUAAUAAAACAAUCAAGUAAGUAAGAAGAUUUCCACAAACUACCAAACACGAGGAGUAAUUGAGAUCGAAGCAAUUUAGAGGCCGGAUGCCUCUUGUGUCAUCAAAUCUCUCCUUCAAGAGUUGGAUCUGCAGCUGCUCCUCAUCCAGAAGUUCCAAUUGAAAACCAGCCAAACAAUGACGCAGAUUCUGCUUCAACUCUGUUAUACUAUUCUCGAUCUUGUGUCCAAUGGCGCUCAAAUACAGAAAACGCAUCAUGGAAGAAACGGCCACCAAAAAGCAAGCCAACUUGAACCCAAUUAGCAACACCCAAUUGUCACGAAAGUCCGACGGAGAAAUUGACAAGAAAAAUCCAACCACGCCGUAAAACAAUGCAAUUGCGCUCUCAUCAAAUGCCAACCGACCCAUUGUUCCCGAAUUAGCGUUCUCAAUCAUAUGAGCCAAACAAUUCCCAUCUUGGAUCAGUUGUUGAAUGCGGAAACGCAUUCCACAAAGAGGCUGGUCAACCUUCGUUCCUUCAGGUUUCUUGAAAAAGGAUAGCUUAUUCUUGCCGGGGUCUGCGCCAAAGUAAAGAUUGUUGAUUCCACUGGCCAAUGUUUGAAUGUUAAAGGUGCAGUACCACAAGAGGACCAAUCCCGAUACAGUGGCAGUCGAGAACAUGGCCGAUGUAUACUGGAAAGUCGUUAUCCCAUAUAUGAACCAUCUGAAUAGAAGAGGGUCAUUUCCAAAUCGAAUUUCGGUUGUGUUUUAAUAAAGCGCACUUACUUCCAA